GGGAUUCACUAAAACAUCAAAACAAAACCAGUCAGCGGAUGAAAUCUGUCCGGUGCAGAAAAGGAAGACACUCCCUGUUGCAAAUGCCAAAGGCUACAUUUUUCCACACAGCCUUUUCAACUCUCUAGCAUUUGAGAAAGUUUUCAUGAGAAACCGUAUUUUACAACGAAGACAGACUUUUCUAAAGUAGGUCGCUCUGGGGGUUUAACACAUAUCGACUCGGAGGGAACCGACUGUUGUGAGAAAGCUACUGGGUGGGUAAAACUGAACGUGGAAUGGUGUUAUUUUUAGUAUAAUGCAUCUUCAAUCACAAAAAGCAAUAUAGCAGGGUCAGUAUAUCUAAACAAUAAAUUCAGUCCUGCAGCAUGUAAAUUACUGUAAUAUUCUAAAAGCUGCACGAACAUCAAUGUUUACCUAAGAUUAUAUCAAAAUAUGUUUCUGGCUGCAAAAAAUGAAAACAUUUUACCUUAUAGGUGAAAUAUUACAUGUCAACCUGUAAUUUCCCUAUAGGUUUCAUUAUGGAGACGAAUAACUGCACUGUUAUCCACUUGUUUUUCUGUAUCUCUUUGUCCAUCCUAAUACACUGGGACAUGAGCUCAGCUUGCCACACAGGCUCUCAGACAGAAUGUGAGAAAGCUCCUUUUGUGCCUGGCUACAAUCUGGCAGGAGAAGGUUUUGAUGUGGUCCAGAUGCGCCGUAAAGGUGCAUUUUUGAUCAAUAUCAAGUCACACUUGAUGGACAACAGGACUUGUAUGGUCUGCAGGAACCGUUUUCAGGGUGGGCAGAUGCAGAAACUGCCGUCGGCCGUGCUGGACUGGCGUCCCUUUAGCCGUUGCAGUAAACAGCUCUCUAGUGCACUUCAUCAUUCUGUUAACUCUCUGAUGAAAACCUCGACUUCUCUCAUUAAUAACAACUGGGGAAUGGAUCUCAGCCUGGAGGAUGUGGGAAAAGCCAUUUUAGGAGGGAGCCGGUCAGAUAUCGCUAAAUUUGCCAAAUCUCAGAAUUCAGUGGAUAAAGCCACUUUUGCUCUUCAUGAGAUCAGCUGCACAUAUUACAGUUACAGACUUACAGACCACCCAGAACUCAGCGCUGAAUUCUCAAAACAUUUGCAGCAACUUCCGUCACAAUAUGACGACAAAGCAAAACCCCUGUACAGAAGGACUAUAGAUACAUAUGGCACUCACUAUAUACGUCAAGUCCACCUUGGAGGUCGAGUGAGACGGGUCACCGCUUUUCGAACUUGCCUUGCAACCCUGAAAGGCUUCUCUGAGACUGACAUCAAAAACUGCCUAAACAUUGAGUUAAAGAUAGCUUUGGGAUUUUUGCCUUCUAAUGCCUCCUUUUCCAACAAAUGUUCUCAAAUUCUUAAAGAUAACAUGAGCAUGGGCUUCUACCAGGGUUUCAUGACGCAUAAGAUAGAGGUGUUGGGAGGUGAGACAUACUUUCCAGAUCUAAACCAAAGCCCAGCUGAAACCUACUCGAGUUGGAUGAUGAGUUUGCAUGACAACCCAGAUGUUAUAUCAUAUUCGAUUUUCCCUCUUCAUCAUCUGGUGGCUGAUCCUGAUGUCAGUGCCAAUCUGAGAAAAGCAGUAACAGAGUACAUUGAAGAGAACAUGCUUUCUGUAGAUCACGAAGAAAAUCGAGAAUGUUCUCAAGCACCAAAUCUGGACCACAACUGCUGCCCUAUGCGAGCCGGCCGUGGCACGUUAACGGUGUUGGUGCAGAGAGCUGCCGGCUUGAAGGCAGACCUCUUCACACGCACUGAUGGUUUUGUGAAAGUUUGGUACAAUUUUAUGUAUGAAGAAACUGAGCUGAUUAUGGAUAAUAAUGACCCAGAAUGGAAUGCCAGCUAUGAUUUUGGAUCAAUUGAGUUUGGUCAUGAACUCAUAUUUGAGGUGUGGGACAGUGAUGUAUUUUAUAAUGACAUGGUGGGGAAGUGUGUGGUCAGCCCUGAACGUGGGACUCACUCACACAGCUGUAAAUUGAGGAGAGGCAUUCUCUAUUUUACCUACAGCGCCUCUUGCAAUACUCAUCUGACUGGGCCCAAGUGUAGCAGAUAUUCACCAAAAACAUGAUCAAAAUAUUUCUGCAAAAUACUUUUUAGAUAGUUAACGGUUAAACAUUGAGUUCAGAGAUUCUCACGUAUUUCUCAUAAUAUAUUAUUAUUAUCAUAAUCAAGUCAUUUGCUAGCCCAUAAUUUUUUUCCUGAAGAUUUUUUUAUUAUUAUAUUUGUGGAUAUUUAUGCUUAAAUAGAGAAAAAGAUCUUGUUUUGCUAAAAAUGUGCUUAACAUUUCUGAUUCAAUUGUCUGUUUCACUGGCAUUUAUGGCCACGAGGUGGUGGUAGCAAAGUACAGUAAAUUUAAUUCAUUUUCAGUCAUUUGUAUUUUUGCGUGUUUUUUGCCUCACUUUACAUAUAUAACAUUUCCAGUGCUUGAAGUGGACUGGUACACAGUACAGGUGUGGUGCCGAAAAAUGACUCCUGCCAAAUUAUGACUCCCUCCGUUUGCCACUAACGUUAGGGUAAGGAUUAGGUAUGAAGAACGGGUUAGGAUUAGCUCCAGCAGCAGUAUCAAUGAGAGAAACCGUAAUCUGGCGGGGGUCAAAAUUCAUAACACCGGUACUUUGCCACCCCGAGUCAAGGCGUCAUUGCAUGUGUCAUGUAUGUCAUGCAUUUAUGUUGUUCGAAGGCGCCAGUUACCUGUAAAGAAAGCACAACAGUGAAAUGUUCAUUAAAGUGAGAGACGAGGAGUUGAAACUAAAAGUGUGUGCUCGUCUGUUUAUUUACAUUAAAGGUGCCAUGAAUUAAAACCACAAUUUUAACCCAAGCUUUUGUUAUAUAAGAUUCACACGAACAUCAUGUAAGUGUCAAAACUGAAAACGCCCUUGUUACUGAGAUUACAACUGUUAUUGACACGGUCUAUGACGUCAUUGAUAGGUUGAACACCUCCUCCACAGGAGAAUAUCAACGACUACUUCUCUAGCCCCGCCCACUGGUUCGCACAUGACAGUACUGAAGUAACACAAGUGGCACGGAAACUAGAUAGCAAGCAAUAAUCAUGCUGUUAAAGAUUGCAAAAUAUUGUGGAAUCAGUACCUGGUUGUGGAAGAACACAGUCGCUGUAUAACCUUCCUUCGGAUUCCCACAUUAGUAAUGCUCAGGGCCCGGUUGCAUAACGUACCUUAAGUUUUUCCCUUAAGUAUGACACUUAAGAGGUGAUUUUCCUUUACCAAAGACAAUAGGAGAAUAACUUAAGUAAAACUUGAGGUAUACUUAAGGACACACUUAAGGGAAUUAUACUUAUACUAUACUUAUCUCAGUAUAGGGGUGGCACGAUCGAACUUCCUCUUUCCUGUCAGAAAUCUACCUGCCGCAUUUUGAACAAUCUGUAAGUGUGCAAUUUGGGCAGAGGUGGGUAGUA